AUGUUGGUGGACGAAGGCCAGGAUGAUGAUGUUUGCGUGCUUACGCCGCAGCAGGUGUCUGCAAAGGCCAAGGCCACAAAAGGCAAAGGGGGCAAGAAGCAGAAGAAGCCUGAAGAUCUUGCGACUUUGCGCGUGAGACAGGCCACCAAGCUUCUGCCACAUCUGCGACUCCUGAACGGUAUGUUCUUGGAUGUGAAGAGCAAGUGGGAAGAGCACGCAGACGUGUUGCAAACCUAUCGGCGCCUGACGAACAAGGGCAUCGACCGGGACAGAGCUGUCAAAGAUGCAUCUGAGCUGGGCUUGGGACUCUCGUCUGCUCUUGUGGUCUUGCGGUGCAAACUCCUGUUCUGGGCCAUGUUUUGCAAGUGUGGAUUCCAGGAGAACAGUCGGUGA